CGAGGAGGCGUCGCUUGAUGACGUCACGACCACCCCGCCCACUACUCCAGUCAAGUGACGUCACGCGGCCUGCAGGGGAGAAGGAAGGCCGCGCGUUCGCCGUGCCGCUCGCCGCAUCUCCCUCGUCCCCUCCCCCCGCGCCGCCAUGAAUUUCCUCCGCGGUGUCAUGGGUAGCCAUGCCGCGGGGCCGCAGCCCACGGACGCCGAGACGGUGCAGAAGUUGUGUGACCGCGUCGCGUCCUCCACACUGAUCGAGGACCGGAGGGGUGCCGUGAGGGCUCUCAAAUCGCUCUCCAAGAAAUACCGCAUGGAGGUCGGCACGCAAGGCAUGGAACACCUUCUGCACGUCCUGCAGACUGACCGGUCCGACGCGGAGAUCACGGCCUUCGCGUUGGACACGCUGUGCAACAUCGUCUCGAACGACGUGGGUGAGGAAGAAGAGGACGCAGAAGAGGAACAGCACCACCAGCAGCAGCAGCAGAAGACGGCCGCAGAGGAGGACCUGGGCGCCCAGUUCACCGACGUCAUCAUCCAGAAGCAGGAGAACGUGUCGCUGCUGCUCUCCUUCCUCGAGGAGUUUGAGUUCCCCGUGCGAUGGGCGACUGUGAAGCUGCUCACGGUACUCUUGAAGAACCGUGGACCGGCCGUGCACCAGAUCAUCCUUGUCACGCCCACAGGAGUGUCGCGCAUGAUGGACCUGCUGGUGGACACCAGGGAGGUGAUCCGAAAUGACGGGCUGCUGCUGCUGCAGCAGCUGACCAAGGGGAACGCGGCGAUCCAGAAGAUCGUGGCCUUCGAGAACGCCUUCGAGAGGCUGCUCGACAUCGUCUCCGAGGAGGGGCACAGCGACGGAGGGAUCGUGGUGGAGGACUGCCUGCUGCUCCUGCAGAACCUUCUCAAGAACAACAACUCCAAUCAGAACUUCUUCAAGGAGGGCUCCUACGUGCAGCGCAUGAAACCCUGGUUCGAGGUGACCGAGGAGAGCGCUGGCUGGUCGGCGCAGAAGGUCACCAACCUGCACCUCAUGUUGCAGCUUGUGCGGACGCUGGUGUCUCCGGCGAAUCCGGCGGGCGCCGUGGCGGCGUGCCAGAAGGCCAUGUUCCAGUGCGGCCUCCUCCAGCAGCUGUGCGCCAUCCUCAUGGCCACCGGCGUCCCGGCGGACAUACUAACCGAGACGAUCAACACGGUGUCGGAGGUGAUCCGAGGGUGCCAGACGAACCAGGAGUACUUUUCGGCGGUCAGCGCUCCCUCCACGCCGCCGAGGCCGGCGCUGGUGGUGCUGCUCAUGUCGAUGGUGAAUGAGCGGCAGCCGUUUGUGCUGCGCUGCGCCGUGCUCUACUGCUUCCAGAGCUUCCUCUACCGCAACCCCGGGGGGCAGGGCCAGAUCGUUGCCACGCUGCUCCCCUCCACCAUCGACGCCAGCGCCAUCUCUGCGGGACAGCUGCUGUGCGGGGGGCUGUUCUCGGGCGACGCUCUCUCCAACUGGUGCGCCGCCGUGGCGCUGGCGCACGCCCUCAUCGGCAACGCCGCCCAGAAGGAGCAGCUGCUGCGCGUGCAGCUCGCCACGUCGCUGGGCAACCCGCCCGUGUCGCUCCUGCAGCAGUGCACCAGCAUCCUGUCGCAGGGCGACAAGCUGGUGAGACGGGGCAACAAGGUGCAGACGCGCGUGGGCCUGCUCAUCCUGCUCUGCACGUGGCUCACGGACUGCCCCAUCGCAGUCACGCACUUCCUGCACAACCCCGCCAACGUGCCUUUCCUCACGGGACAGAUCUCGGAGAACCUGGGCGAGGAGGAGCAGCUGGUGCAGGGCUUGUCGGCGCUGCUCAUCGGCAUCUGCAUCUUCUACAACGACAACUCGCUCGACAGCCACACGAGACCGAAGCUGAAGCAGCUUGUGGAGAAGCGAAUCGGCAAGGAGAACUUCCUGGAGAAGCUGGCGGCCGUCUCCAAGCACGACCUCUACUCCAAGGCGUCGCAGAAGCCCCAGCCGGCGUUCCCCGGGCCCGAGCAGGUGUUCUUCGACCACGAGUUCACGCAGAUGGUCCGCGAGAUUGAGGGCUCCAUCGUGAAGGCCGUGCAGAAGUCAGCGGAGGAGGACCGCAAGGAGGAGGAGGUGCACAAGGCCAUGCAGCAGCACGACAGCGUCAUGGCGCAGUACAAGGAGCUCAUUCGCGAGCAGGACACUCAGAUCGGGGAGUUGAAGAAACAGGUGGCGUCGCUGGGCAUGCAGCUGGAGCAGGCGCAGGCCACCGUGAGCCAGCAGGCGGCGCACGUGCAGCAGCUCAAGGACCAGUACAACCUGCUCAAGGUUCAGGCCGGAAAGGACGGGCCGCAGGCCGCUCACGUGGAGGUGAACGGGCUGGGCGCCGGGGCCGACGGGGACGAGGCCGCCGAGCAGCUGCAGAGGCUGCGUGCCGAGCUGGAGGAGCAGAGGACGCGUGCCGCUCACGCCCUCGGCCUGCUCGCCGAGAGGGAGGCGCAGCUCGGCGCGCUGAAGUCGGGGGUCGCGGUGUCGGGAGACAGCGACCACGCAGACGCCCCCGGCAACCAGGAGGUGGAGGCCCUAAGGAGCCGGGUGUCGGCCCAGGAGAAGGAGCUGGAGCAACUGAAGGGCGAGCGGAGUGACCUGCAGGAGCGACUUCAAGCCGCAGAUGCACGGGCGUCCGCCCCCGGGCUGGCGCUGGCCCCUGGCGACGGCGACGCGGCGAGUGGUGGCGCCGCGGCGAAGCUGGGGGAGCUGGAGUCGCACGCCUCCGCUCUCGAGCAGGAGAACGAGCAGCUCAAGGACACGGUGCGGCUGCUCACGGAGGAGAAGCUGGCACUGGCGGAGAGCGCGGGCGAGACCGCGCGCCUGCGCUUGGAGGUGGUGCGCCUCAACAAGGAGGCGGGCGACACGAGGAAGGAGCAGGACGACCUGCUGGUGCUGCUCGCCGACCAGGACCAGAAGAUCAUCGCGCUCAAGGGCCGCCUGCGCGAGCUGGGACACGCGGUGGAGAACGACGAGGACGAUGAUGACGAUGAAGAUGACGACAUCUCGGAGGGCGGAGAUGACGAGGGUGCGGGGGGCGACUCCCCGGAUGAGUAGAGAGGGUCGCGCUGCGCGUCACGCGUCGCCGGCAACCCCCCCACACACACACACACAGAGAGAGAGAGAGAGGAGCAACGGCGCAACCGUGACCAGAAGGACGUCGCACGUCCCCCCAGCCACCUUCCUCUCGCUCCCCAGCCACUGCCUUCAUCGUCCCGCUCCCCGCCUUCAUCUCCCGCUCGCUCCCUUACCUUCAUCUCCAACUCUGAUCUCCCACCCUCCCCAACCCCCAUCCCCCCUUUGUCUUCAAUCUCCCUGCUCCGCUUCGAGGCGACGACGCGCGGCGCCGGUAACGUCCACCCUCGUGCAGAAAACCGCGGCCUGGAGCGGACAGGGGUGAGGGUUGGGAGGGGGGGGGGGGCGGGGGGAGAUGUGCGGAGGGGGGCCGGCCCCCUAGUGGGGGGCACCCCAGGGUUGUCCCUUUAGUCGCCGCACCCAUCCCUCCAAUCGCCGUGCCCCCCGCCACCGGCGCUGAGAUGCCUCCCGCAGGACGGUUUGUUCACGAAACCCAUUAGAACAAUAGAAGUGUUCCGGGGGCGAGAUUGUCCACACGGUGUUCACGAGUUGACUGACGACGGCGGCGGCGGCGACAGCGGCGGCGGCGACCGUGUACUGCGAUGUAUACAAAGUAUACUCUACUAGAGAGACGACGCGUGCGUAACGAAGAGGGGCGCGGCCGUGCGGGGCGCGCUGGCACUCGCUGCCGUGCGGGGCUCGCUGCCGUGCGGGGCUCGCUGCCGUGCGGGGCUCGCUGCCGUGCGGGGCUCGCUGCCGUGCGGGGCUCGCUGCCGCUGCCCCAACGCACCGGAGUCAGGCCGCGAGCUGAGCGCGUCGUCGGUUGCGAGCGACGGGGGAAUUCCGCUUGUCCCGUCGAGAGCGGCGGCGUGGUGGCCCAACUGGUUGCUCGGCUGUGGUGGACCCCCCCCUCCGCUCCCCCGGCAUUCAUGGGCACGGGAACAAGGGAUUGAUGAGUGUCAGCAUUAUGCAGAGUUGUUUUAGCAGGGCUUGUGGUUAGGCUUAGGAAUGAAGGAUUAGGGUUGUGGUUUUGAUGUAGAGUUGGGAACAGUGCCCGGGCUUAGCCUUUGGGAUAGGGUCUGAUCUUGCAUUUUAGAUAUUAUUGAAAUUAUGGAUAGAAUUCUGGAUAAGGUUGAGGCUUAGCGUGUUUGGGUUAGGGUUAUGCGUAGGGUUGGGGUUAACGAUAGGGUUUGGAGUUGGGGGCCCGGUCGAGGGACAGAGAUGGAGUUGGGCUCAAGGGCUGUGAUGGGCAGCUGCACUGCCUCUACCAGGGCAGCUGCACUGCCUGAACCAGGUCAGCUGCACUGCCUGAACCAGGUCAGCUGCACUGCCUGAACCAGGGCAGCAGUGCUCCUCCACGCCCUGCUGGCCUGCAGCGCUCCCAGUGGCACGUGGUGGGGAGGAGGGGCCCUGGGCCAUAGGCCCCCCCGAGGCGGGUGCCGUGGUAGUAUUUAAGACGUGCGUCCACGUUGGUGCAUAUAGAGAAUGUGUGUUGGAUCGCAAGAAGAAGAUAUAUUUUAGGUUUCAUCGAUUUACUCGGUCUGGAGGCUGCCCUUCCCCCCCCCCCCCCCAGCCACUGGCUGUUGGUUUCGUAUGUGAUUCAUAAAGCCGUUCCUACGACAAACUA